AUGUGCACCUACGACUACACCCCGUACACUGGCUGCGAGGAUGGCCCGCAGCACUACUAUAUCCAAUGGCUGAAGUGCAGCAUUGCGGUCGAGCAGGGCAGGUACUGCUCAAUGGACACAUCGAGCAAAGUAGAACAGCUCAGGAAGCUGUCCGCCAACGUACUGUCCUGCCCACUCCACGGGCCCAUUGCCGUGCAACAGUUUGUUCUCGAACCGGCAAACCAGCAACAGCCGGUAGACGACGACGAGCCCCGGCGGUCCAGAGCGCGAAGCUCUGCUCGCCGAAGCGCAACCUCGAGGGGCAGGGGACCCAGGGCGGCCGGCUCGGACAGGGACCUAGAGCAACCGGCUCGCCGGCCGGUGCGGAAGCAGAGAUCAAGGCGCGAAAUGGUCCCGGAAUCGUCCGAUUCAGAGUCCUCGAGCUCUUUUUCGGCCCGGUCCAAGGUCCCCAAUCGGGGGAAGAGAAUGGGAGACCGAGAGGCCAUGGGAAGGCGACGGAGCCGGACACCCCAGGCCACUUCACACCAAAGAUCGAUAUCUGUCGACCUUGCGCCCCCGCCUCCUUUGCCCUUAUCCAUGCGACAUGGCCGGAGCGAGGUUUCGCUGCCUCUGAGGACGGAUUUUGAGGGACAAGGAGAGGAUCAGCAAGGGUCCUUGGCCGGGCGUUCCCAGUCGCGCCCAAAGAACUCGCUCGAUAUCCCGCGAGCUGUGGGCGUUGUUGGGCUACCCUCCAGCCCCGACAUGCACCACCGAGGCAGCGUUCACCGAAGCAGGAGCGACGCGGGAUUAGCGGCAAGCAUCGAUCUCUUACCGGAGCUGCCGACCCAGAAGGGUGCCAUGUCGCCCGCCAGCGACAGCUCCCCAGACCAAAACCCGGAUAUGCCGUUCAGCACUCCGGGUCGUCGGGGUCGGAGGACGGUAGCACGGUCGGUCCGCGACCGGAGUGUGGACACCACCAUGCGGCGGAUCGACGAACACGUGGCCCAAGACCCCGAAACACAAAGCUCGACCACCACAACAUCACCCGAACCACAACACCCAACAACACAAUACCCAGCCCCCACCACAAACCCCCACAUCCCUCACCACCGGCGCUCCAACUCCCGUCCGCAACUCAACACGCUCCAAAUCCCCAAGAACCGCGAACCCUACCAACGCGACGCCUACUCCGCCCCGACCGCCACACCCCCCGAAACCGAAAUCACCCAGCACCACCCCAACCACUCCAUCCCCCGCACCCGCGCCCGCUCCCUCCGUCACAUCUCCGACACCUCCCCCGUCUCACCCACCACCCUCCUCCCACCCCCCCAACUACCACGACCUACCCGCUCCGAAACCAGCACCACCCGGCACCGGGCACCAGCGGCGAAACGGCCUUCAUCCGCAGCACGCGCUCCCGCCGCUUCGAGGACCAGGUCGCCGAGGGCAGCAAGUAGGGUCGCCCGCUCCGCGAGCACCUCCCACUCCCGGCCCCGCGAGUACCUGAAGCGGGCGUCAUACGCCAACGGAAGUUGGACAACGGUGGGAGGGGUAUCGUCGGUGGCUUCGGCGGUGGGGGCGGGGGAGGUUAGUGCGGCAGGGAGUGGGAAGGGGGGCCGGAAUACCCUGCACAAGGCGCCGCCUGUUUCGAUGGCGCAGACGCAGACGCAGGCGCAGGGCCAGGGGUUGGGGUUGAUGCAGCAGCAGCAGCAGCAGCAGAGUAAGCGGCCGGUGCCGGCGCCGCUGAACUUGCAGCAGCACGGGGGUGCUGGGGCGGGUGCGGGGCUGCCGCCGUGUGCGUUGCCCGUGUCGUUGGUCUCGCCCGGGUUUCAGUCGGACGCGGAUUCGAGUACCGGGGGGAAGGGUGCCAAGGCGACGCUGUUGCAGAGGAUGGGGCUAAGGAGGAAGUUUAGCGGGUUGGUGAUGUGGGACAAGGACCGCGGCGGGCGGGAGGUUGGCGUGGAGGGGUGA